AUGGAGUCCACUAGAGAAGAGCGCAUGCAACAACGGUUACGAGGAGGUGCCCAACGUCAGGUCAAAGAUGUCGACUUCGGUUUCAUGUUGCCAGCUUUUGCUGCGCCGGCGCCGCCAGCAGCAGAACCAUCUCCAGUUCCAACUCCAGCUCCAACAAUUCCAAAUUCACUUCCAGAAGCUCCAGCAAAUCGAGAAACUCCUCAACCCGAGUUACCUUCACAGCCCAUAAGCCAAACGCCUGCUACUGCGACCAGAAGUCGCGAAAGAUCCUCGAAUAUACUGGGCUUACAAUCGAAUAACGUUACAAGAUCUAAUACUGGGAAUGAUGCAAAUACGUCUGCAAAGAGAAGGAAGCUGGAAACAGAUGAGCCCCCAUCUUCUUCUACUAGGAGUAUGCGGUCUUCUCGGAGUUCGGCGAGAAAAGACGUAUACGAUUUACCAGACGAUAACGAGCCAGAGCAACCUGUGACGGAUCAUUCGAACUUGUCAAUUUUAGAGACAUCAAAAGAGAAUAUUUCAGCAUCAGGAAUGGCAGAGAUCGCCCUAUCACCUACUCAUCUACCUUCCGAGCCAAUUGAGUCCAUCGAAAGGGACCCUUCAAAUGAAAUUGUAGUGGAAGACUCGUUGGUGGGUGCAAACACGUCGUUGGAAGAAGAAGCCGCCCUCGCUGUAGUGAAGGCAACGAAAUCUCCCAGAAAGCUACCACGUCUAUCGCGGAACAAAAGAAAACGAGACGAGCCAUCUUCCGAACCUUUAGCCGUAGAUGAAUCGGUUCUUACUGCAGCUGACCCACUGGAUACCACCAACGACGAUAUUGAGGAAAUUCUACCUCAAAAACCGAGACGAUCUCGUAGAAAAUCGGCUAUACAGAAACACAUAGGAGUCAACGAGGAAGAAAUAGUUGAAAACAAUACAGAGCAAGCGGAAUCAAUAGACGAUUAUGAAGCAGCAGUAACAUUGAAGAAAAGUCGAGGACGGAGAAUAUCCAGAAAUAUUGUUGCUUCCGAUGAAUCUAUCCCAGAAGAUGCUGCACCUCCUAGAUCUCCCAUUGCAAAGAAAAAGCGAGGCAAAGUUCGACCAGUGACUAGUCCAGUACAGCAACGCCAACCAGCACCUCCGAAAUCCAAACCUCAAGGGAUGGAGAAAAAGAACAAGAAACAGAAGGUUCGCGAAGGAAGUCCGAUCCCUGUUACUGUACAUCGUUUAACAAAAGGUCCUGUGUAUGAUGAUGAUGAUUCGGAUGCUGAGAUUCUGAAUUCCGAAAUACCAUGUGUGACAAGAGCAGGCGUCAAUGCUGUGGAUGUUCUUGGCCAAAUUUGUCAAGAGCUAGUCACUGCUGGUUUAGAAACUCUUGGGGAUAAUGCUGAAAAAACUCAGGACGCUGCUCAAAGACUUGAAUACAAAACAAAGAUGCGAGCUGUAGAUAGUUUUGGUAAAGAAUUGAGAGUCCGCCUUUUAGAACAUACAAUCAACCUCGACAACUCGUACUCUCUUGAGAAACGUCUACGUGAGGCCCAGAAAAAGAAGCUCUCUCUACGAGAGGAAAUCCUUCUUGUAAGAGCAAAACGAGAGAAGAUCGCUCUACGUAUGGAUGAGAUCCGAAUUGCUCACGAGAAAAACUCUCAUGAUGCUCAGCAACGGGAAGUCCUCAACACCACAGUUCAUGAUAUCGAACUUGCAAUUGAGCGAGGAAAAUCUUCUUCCGAUAACACGGAUGACGGGAAAUCAAAUAGAGAGCUCAUGUUGAAGCGAAUCGCUUCCGAAGCAAGCAGUGCAAGUGAUGAUGGAGGUGUUCUCAAACAGAUCAAGGCAUUCAAUGCAUUUAUGGAACGGGCUGCUUUGGCGUUAGAGGGAAAGAAGGCUGUUUGA